CUCCCUUCCCCCAUAGUCUGGAGCCCAGCCCAGAGCCCCCCUGCUUCAGGACUUCCUCCAUUUCCUCCCACUUCCUCCCACUUAGAACAAGACCAGGAGGGCUGUGGUCACUUGAUCCUGGCAGGACAGCAAGAGAUUAGGUGGUGGGCAGUUGAGUCGCGUAGCGCUCUCCCCCGUCUGGUUCCUUUACAGCCUCUUCAUGAAGCUGUUUCAGCGUUCCUCACCUGCCAUCACCCUCGAGAACCCCGAAGUCAAGUACCCGCUGCGGCUCAUCGACAAGGAGAUUAUCAGUCACGACACUCGGCGCUUCCGAUUUGCCCUGCCUUCACCCCAGCACAUCCUGGGCCUUCCCAUUGGCCAGCAUAUCUACCUCUCGACCAGGAUUGAUGGGAACUUGGUCAUUCGGCCCUACACCCCCGUGUCUAGCGAUGAUGACAAGGGCUUUGUGGACUUGGUUGUCAAGGUGUACUUCAAGGACACCCAUCCCAAGUUUCCUGCUGGAGGGAAGAUGUCCCAGUACCUGGAAAACAUGAACAUCGGAGACACCAUUGACUUCCGGGGCCCCAACGGGCUGCUGGUCUACCAGGGCAAAGGGAAGUUUGCCAUCCGUGCAGACAAGAAGUCCAACCCUGUUGUCAGGAAGGUGAAGUCUGUAGGCAUGAUUGCAGGAGGCACAGGCAUCACUCCAAUGCUGCAAGUGAUCCGUGCUGUCAUGAAGGACCCAAACGACCACACUGUGUGCCACCUGCUCUUUGCCAACCAGUCCGAGAAAGACAUCCUGCUGCGGCCUGAGCUGGAGGAACUGAGGAACGAGCAUUCCGCCCGCUUCAAGCUCUGGUACACAGUGGACAGAGCCCCUGAUGCCUGGGACUACAGCCAGGGCUUCGUGAACGAGGAGAUGAUCAGGGACCACCUUCCACCUCCCGGGGAGGAGCCGCUGAUACUGAUGUGUGGACCCCCACCAAUGAUCCAGUUUGCCUGUUUGCCAAACCUGGAGCGUGCGGGCCACCCCAAGGAGCGAUGCUUCACUUUCUGAUGGCUGGCUGCUUCAUGCCUGCUGCUCAUGCACUCACCACAGCCAUCUGUCCACCCCUUCUUUCAUCACCCCAGGUCCCUCACCCUAACAUAUGCCCACAUCCAUGCUGGGGCCUGGGUUCAGCCUGGCCUGCCCGGCCCUGGCCAUCCAGCUGUACUGGCCCCUGAGGGGCCACUUUGGGAGCGAACCUGUGUAUCAGGUGGCCCCUGGCGACCACUUUCUGCAUAGGCUCCUGUCUGGCCAUUACCAGAGAUGUCCCAUGACCAACACCUUC